UGUUUUAUGCAGCCCAGGUCCAGAAGAGACUUUGCAACAGCACAAGCUGCUAAAUCAGCAAGGACAGUUGUCAUCACUGGUGUUCCAGAUGGCCUUCUGCACGAUGAUGUCAUGACUGACAUACUGAUGAUUCAUUUCCAAAUGUCGAAGAACAACGGUGGAGAUGUGGAAGAAGUAAUGUAUCCAACAAGGAGAAAAGGUGUUGCAUAUGUAACUUUUGAAGAUCAGGAAGUUGUAGAGAGUGUUCUAAAGAAGGAUGAACAUCGACUAGAAGACAAGAGGCUGUCCAGAUACUAUCCACUGAAAGUAACCCGUUACUGUGAAAAUGUCUUCAGCUCUGUCACAUCUGUCCUCGAUAUGUCUAUUUUCAAAGAUCAGUUUGUUUUAGAAGAUCUGAUACAAGAAAUUAAAAAGAAGAGCACAGCUUUAAGCUUUGGUCCUUUGCAAUCCAAUGGGCAUAUUUCUGUUCAAGGGUCAUUUCCAGCAAUCAAAUUGCUAAGAGACUUUCUCUUACUAAAAGCAAAAUCACUUUCAGAGAAGGACAAAAGAGGAGAAAGCAAGUCCCAUCAGAGACCAAGGAGGAGGCUACAGCAACAGAGACUUACCACAGAGAUGAGUAAUUUUGUUGAUGGUGGAGAUGGGGAAAAACAAGUGGUUGUUCUUGACACAGAUAUAUAUCACUACAUGAAGUACUUUUUUUCCAGGACAUUCCUAGUAAAUGGCAAUGUUGUAAUUUCUGACAUCACUGAUGGUGAUAUAACUACAGUAUACAUUAAGAAUAUUGGAAAUAGGUCUGAUGCUGGACAGGUAUUAAAAGUCAAAGAGAAAAUUGAAAAUCAGUCUAUAAAACUCCAUAACACUUUACGUAAAGAAAGGAUCUACUUUCAGGAGCACACCAGAGGUGAGAAGCAGAGAUAUAAAUGGGCAUGUGAAAAUCUAAAACCCCAUUACCCUCAUGUUUUGAUCAUUCCUUAUGAUACUCACAUUGAUGUUGUAGGAAAUCCUGCUGAAAUUUUUGAAUUUACAAAGAAAGUGAGGAAUAAGAUUCAGAGCCUGUUUCAAACAAGGUAGAAAGUUAGUGUUCAUGUUGUUUACACAUUGUGCUUCUCCAGCACCAGACUGUACUGGUGCCACCUGCGCACCUCUAUGUCACUGCAGAUCUGUCACUGCAUCUCAUCUCUUGUGAGCUUAGAGUCUGAAGAAAUUAGGCCUCUCCUGUCCAGUUACAGCCAUUUUUUUCCUUUUGUUAGCUGCAUUUUGGGCACAUGUACACUCAUUCUGUCUUGCUGUCAGGGAACAUGUGAUGAGAAAAGAGAAUUUUUUAGAGAGUUCUCAUUAGCAUAAGAAGUCAGACUGACAAAGCUGGGUGAGUCAACCUGAUAUGAAAUACUGCGUUGAGUUAAUGUUUCUUUGUGCAAGAUGACCACUGGAAACAGGAAUGGUGGCCUUUUUCUGUUGCCUUUAUCUGCAGAAGGAAGUUCUUGUCAUUGAGGUGCAUGAAGAAGACAGAGCUUUGACACUUGAAGGGAUGGGAUGCUUAUUAAAUUUACAGGCUUGCCAUGUCCUGAGAAGGACCUUAGAGGAUGGCAUUGGAAGUUCUUGACAGUAGAAAAUAAGUGAGU